CGAUGCUGGUCCGGUCCCGGCACCGCCCCGGGGCCGGCUCGCUCCGCCCCGCCCGAGCGGGCGCGGGGGGCGAGCGCGGCGCUGGGGUGGCGGCGGUGGCGGCGGGAGACAGGUCGUGCAGUCUGGACUUGUCAGUUUUGCAGGCUUCUAGGCACAUUUCUUCUCAGCUAUGAGUAGAUCAAUAGGAUUUAACAUCUGCAUGGUCACCUGCAGCAUCCUGCUCUUGUCUUCUAGUCCACCAUGUGUUGCAUCUCUGCCACUGAAGAAGAGGGACAUGACAAAGGUCCAACUUGGCCCCUGGGCAGGGAAUGGAGUUGAAGAUGAAAGGACAAGCAUGUUGAACUUGAAAAAUAACCUGGGCCCUUCUGAGCAGACUAUCUCUGAAAAGCCAUGUGGAGUGUUGAUAAAGCCAUCUGGGAUACCCUUAAAUGAAGCUUUCACUGCAGAAGGAGAACAGCUGUCUGUAAGCCUGAGCCAUGUCAUUCCAGGCAGCCAGGGUCUGGGUGAUUAUACCUCUGCUGUGGCAGUGGCUGUUGUUGAUGAGGGUGAGCUUCGUCCCACAAAGUCAGAGCUGGAAGAGGAUGAUGCAUUCAAGGCCAUGCUGACCACAGCUGUGACCACACUGAGCCCUACUGUUCAGGAGGAGUCUGUUGUUGGCCCCAUUAGUGGGACCACCACUGAAGGUGGUGUUGAAGUAGAGCACAGCUCUCCUGGCCUCUUGGCAAACCCUCUUUCUGGGACUGCUGUGGAGGAAGAGGCGGGGAGCAACUCCCACCCCUCAGUGGCACCCCAGCCCACAGUGUACCCCAGCUCUCCCAGGUGGGAAACAGCAAGUGACCACCCUGUCAUCCUGACUCCCCAGGCUCAUAGCAUAACUCCUGAACUAGGAGUAACAAGACCCCACACAGGGAGCCCUCUAAAGUCCCUGGUUGUGCGAGCAUCUGUGGCUGCAAAACAUCUACCUGUGGUGACCUCAGCCUCCCUCCACCUGGAAGCAGGGACGGGUGGAAGGCAAGGAGAGCUGCCCACUGUGGCUGGCAGUGUCACUAUCCACACUAUGGACAUGGUGCCCCCUGACUGGGAUGACACAAAAGUGAGGGACAUAAGUCAAGGGGGAAGUGUGUCUCUUGAGGUGACAGAGGACCUGGGCAUAACAGAACCAUCACAGGCACCACAGGGAGGUGCAGGGGAGGAAGAGGAUGUAGUAAGAGUGGUGCCAUCCCCAGUAUCCACUCCACCAGCUCCUGAGCUUGCCAAGGAGACCAACUGCACAGCGCUGGUGCGUGGGGAAGAAUUGCCAGCAGCUUCCACAGGCCAUGGUGAUAUUGUCCCCACUGCAAACCUGGUGGGUGUAGACAUGGCUGAUCUCAACUCGCUGGAAAACAUAAGUUCAGUCACAGCAGAGGAGCGGAAAAGCAUCCCUCCACCACAGCCACAGGCUGCUGUGGUGACAGAUAUGCAGUCUGAUCGCCUUCCUACUCUGGAAAGCUCGUGGAAAGGUGUUACUCAGGAGGUGACAACAGUUGUCCAGGAGUCUGAUGCUGCUCUGUUAGUUGCAACGCCAGUGCCUGGUGCUACCCAGGGAGCAGGACCUUCAAGCUUUCCCCAGGAAAACAGUGGAGAGGACACUCAGAUGGUGACUACUCCUAGUGCUACCCAGAUGGUGGUUGCAGCUGGUACUUCCUCUGCAGCAAACCUUCCAGAUGUGGAAGACAUCACACAUGUUCUGGUCACCAGUGAGAAGGCUGUUCCAGCUCCUGGUGAGAUGUCUGCAACCCAGUCUGGACAGACAGAGGAGCCAUCCAGCAGAACUAUGGUCCUGGUAACUCCAGCAUCAAUGGCAUCUUCUGUCAGGAGAACAGCUCUUCCACCUGUGAGGAGGAUCAGUACUGCUGAGACCUAUGGGCUGGACCGCCUGGAAUCAGAAGAGGGUGAGGAAGAGGAUGAAGAGGAGGAAGAUGAAGAAGAGGAGGAAGAGGAAGAUGAGGAGGACAAAGACAUAGAUUUGAUGGAUGAAAGCAUGGAGGGUGACACGGAGCUGCCAGGUUUCAUGCUUCCAGGAGAGACCUCCCAGGAGCCCAUAGCUGGACUGGAAAACCCUGUGGCCCAGCUGGCUGGGGUGUCCUACCAGGUUCCUGACACCAUUGAGUGGGAGCAGCAGAACCAGGGUCUGGUGAGAAGCUGGAUGGAGAAGCUGAAAGAUAAGGCAGGAUACAUGUCUGGGAUGCUGGUUCCUGUAGGAGUUGGAAUAGCUGGAGCCCUCUUUAUCCUAGGAGCACUCUACAGCAUUAAGAUUAUGAAUCGCCGAAGGAGAAAUGGCUCAAAGAGACAUAAAAGAAAGCAGAGGGAAUUUAACAGCAUGCAAGACCGAGUCAUGCUCUUAGCUGACAGCUCUGAAGAUGAAUUUUGAAUCAAAUUGCAGUGCCCUUGUGAUAACCCGUGACUUUUAAAAGAAGGGAGGGGGAGAAAAGGAACAAGAGACUUCCUGCUGCAUCGCUGCUCUCCGCCAUCCUGCGCCACCGAGUAGUGAUCAGUACACCCCGGCAAAACAGCAUGCUAUGCUCAACGUGUACUCCACAGUGAUGUUUAUUUUGAUACAGUAGUGAGAUUCCACAUUCACUCCUGGGGCCUCAUUCAGAUCCACAGCGCGUCGUGUUACAGCUGGAGCUGAUCCAUAUGGAUGAUUAUUUUCCUAUUACCCUGGUGUACUGUUUCGGUCCUGGCUGGCAGUAAUCUAAUCAUAACAGCAGCUCUCACCUAACCCAGGAAUGGAAAUCUUUACUGUGAAUGACUUCUGUCCAAUUGAUUUUAAAUAUUACGUUACCUGAGCUAGAGUUCAUUAGUGCUAAUAUUAGCUGCUCUGCUUAAUUAUUGAGUUACUACACACUUGUAUCCCUUGCCACCUGAGAAGUGCCCACGUACAGUAUCCUUGGUACAGUUUGAAGCACAUUUCUGCACUCGGGUCCCUCAACUUUCACCCCUUCUUUCUUCCUUCAGCUCUGCUCCAUGCUUCUUGGAGACACACAGGAAUGGCCUCAACACUUGAUUCACCACAAAAAUCCCAAUCCAUUUUCAACCAGCACUGUUACAGCACAAUAAAUACCAGUGCUCUCCUACU